AACCUGUGCGCGGCCUGAGAGCGGCUGCCCUCGCGCACCGCAAUAUCGGACCCUGGCCGCACGACUCGCGCGCUUGGCGUUGCAUGGUCCCUUGAGCCCUGAUUAUUUUCAGUCCUCGCCGCCUCUCUCGACACCACCACCAUGUACUCUGCCUACGACCAGCAGCCGGCGCGGUCGCCGGGCGCGCACCGCCCGCAGCCGGGCACCCUCAACCGCAUGCCCUCGCGUCAGUUCGACGCCUACCAGCAGCAGCUGCAGCAGCAGCCCCCGUACCCGGACGACCACCCGCGGGGCUACGACCAGCCGCGCAGCUACAACGACCGCCUGCCCAGCACCGUCCACGCCGCCUACGGCUACGACCUGCAGCAGCAGGGCUGGAACGCCCCCGCCUUCCCGCAGAACCUGGGCUCGCUGGGCGGCACCGGCCCGCGCAUGAAGUCGCAGACGCGCGGAGCCGCUCGCAGCGCCCUGCCCGCCGGCUGGAUGGACGCGCCGCCGCCGCAGGGCCUGCCCAGCUUCGCCCUGCCCGGCCUGGGCAGCAGCCAGCCGUACGGCCACGACGUCGACGAGGAGCUGAUUCCGACCGCCAUUGUCAUCAAGAACAUCCCCUUUGCCGUCAAGAAGGAGCAGCUGGUGCAGCUGAUGACCGACCUGCGCCUGCCGCUGCCCUACGCCUUCAACUACCACUUCGACAACGGCGUCUUCCGCGGCCUGGCCUUUGCCAACUUCACCACCGCCGAGGAGACGGCCGCCGUCAUCGAGUCGAUGAACCACUUCGAGCUGAACGGCCGCAAGCUGCGCGUCGAGUACAAGAAGAUGCUGCCGCUGGCCGAGCGCGAGCGCAUUGAGCGCGAGAAGCGCGAGCGCCGCGGCCAGCUCGAGGAGCAGCACCGCCCGCUCGGCGGCCAGCUGCACCAGCAGCCGUCGUUUGGCUCGCUGGCCUCGCACUCGCACUCGCACAUGCCCACCACCUCGCCCUCGCCCGUGUCCGCCAUGCGCCAGCAGAAGAUGGGCAUGUCGCUGCAGGGCGCGUCCGAGCGCCCCAGCAACCCGCCUGCCGACGUCGACCUGAACGACCCGCAGAUCCUGCAGUUCUACUCGCAGCUGCUGAUCUUCAAGGAGUCGCCCGACCGCGACAGCAUGACCUUCCCGCCCUCGCUGUCGCCGCCGCAGCGCCGCAUCAUCCACACCCUGGCCCACCAGCUGGAUCUCGCCCACGUCUCCAAGGGCUCGGGGGACACCCGCCAGGUGCACAUCUUCAAGGUGCACAACAACCAAGGCCUGAGCCCGCCGAUGCCGCAGAUGCCCGCCAACCAUGCCACCGAGCAGCCCGGCCGCCGCGGCCUCAACCGCGCUGCGACCACCGACUUCAGCGACGUUCGCGGCUCCGAGGGCUUCUACAACGCCUUCGGCAGGCAGGCGUCGGGCCUGCUCGGCUUUCCGGAUUCACCCGGCGGCCUGAACGCGGUCCCCAAUCUCCGAGGCGCCAAGUCGUACGCGGACCUGCGCUCCUACACACCCUCGCCAGCACCCUCCACAGCGAGCCAUCCCGUGGGACGUCCUGGCGGCAUCUCUCUCGAAGGCCUCGGCUUCAGUGGCAGCAACACAAACCCCAACGGCACACCAACGGCAACGUCCAUGUCACAGCGCGACGACAUGCUUGAGCGCGAGAUGAGCCGCAUGGCGCUUGGCGGAAACUCAUUCGGGCAAAGCAGCAGCCCCCGCUCGCUCCGCCAGAUGACAUCCUGGGAGAACCCCGGGCCCAUUGGCGGCCACCGCGCCUUCAGCUCCAACUACGACGACCGCCCCUCCCGACAGCCCCGCGGCCCGCUCCCCGAGCGCGGCCAGGGCUUCAGCCGCCCGCGCCAGAACGGCCACCAGGGCCGCGGCAGCGACGAGCUCUCGUCCCAAUCCAACGUGGAGAUCCUAGUCGGCCAGUGAGCCCGCGCCGCACUCGCCCCGCUCCCAGCACGACAACGUAACGCACCCACCGCUCCCUACCAUCUCGACGACGCCCCCAAUGACGCCGACGACGUUCACGGCCCGCACCCCCGCGCCCCCCCGGCUCGGGAUUGACUUUACGACGUACGACGCAUACGAAGAAUGAUG